AUUGGUAGUGAUAUCCUACUACGAUCGUUAAAUUAUAGAGUACGGAAAAGAUCUGUAUGUAAACUGUCAAAACUGUUUUUUUCAGAUCCCUCGUUCAAGCAUUUCUAAAUCUACGCAGGGUAAGAGAAUAUAGAAUAAUAUGACAGACACUGAAAGUUUACGAGAAGCAAUUGCACAAUACGAACAGCAGCUAGCUCAAGUUCAAGCAACUUUGUCCGUAACUACGCAAGAAGCGGAUAGAGAAAAUUUAUUAAGUUUACAGUCGGACAUACAAGAACUUAUUACUUUAACGAAAAAAAGCCUACAAGGUGUCGAAACCUCUAGUGAAGAUUUAGACGACGAUGAUGACGAUGUUGAAAUGGAUGAUGAUAUGGAAGAUCCAUUGGAAAAAGAAUAUGCUUUAUUCAAGGCAGAACUAGAGAAAACUUCUAAUAAUUCUGAGAGUAAAGAACCGGAUAAACAAGAUGAUGGAGCUUCAAAUAAUAUAGAAGAUGAGUUGAGGCAGCUUGAAGGCAUGAAAUGUCGAGCUCCCCAUGGUAGCAGUUGGGGAGGCAUUGGUUAUCAUAAUGCUAUGAUAUGCUCUGUUUAUCAGAAUGGCAGCAUAGAAAUAAAAAAUAUGCAAGAUAUAAAAGUCAGGGUAUUUUUUCUAAAUCCAACACACAAAGAAAUGCUUCCAUGUCCUUAUUAUUUGGAUGGAAAGUGUAAAUUUUCUGACGAAGAUUGUAGAUUUUCGCACGGAGAAUUAGUACCAUUAUCCAGUAUUAAAGAAUAUAGAGAACCAGAUUUUCAAAGUAUAAAAAUGGGUAGUAGAGUACUAGCAAAACAAAAGAACCAAUUGUGGCACAGAUGCAUUGUAUUAAAAAUGCCAGAAAAGGAAGGAGAUGUUUUCAGAAUUAAGUUCGAAGCAAAUGGUAAUAUUGCAGAAGUUUCCUUACAAGAUCUUUUACCUCUUGAUGAUGCUGAUUUGGAAAUGUCAGAUACAUCUGAAGAUAGUGAGGAUGAAAGUGAUUCAACAGAGUAUUCUAAAGAAGAAAUAGUUCAUAAAUCUCUUCUCACGGUAGAAAGUAACACACCAUUAGGAAAUUGGGAAAAACAUACGCGUGGCAUAGGUAGCAAAUUAAUGGCUCAAAUGGGAUAUGUAGUAGGCACUGGUCUUGGAAAACAUUCAGACGGCAGAAUUGAACCAGUUGAAGCAACAGUGUUGCCAGCUGGUAAAUCUUUAGAUCAUUGUAUGGAAUUACGAGAAAAUGCUGGAGGAGAUGAAAAUUUAUUUACUGUAGAACGUAGAAUGCGAAAGCAGCAACAAAAAUUGGAACAGCAAAGAGAAAAACAGUAUCAAAGAGAAAAAGAACGAGAAGAAAACAACGUAUUUAAUUUUAUAAAUGCAACUUUAGGUGAUAAAUCUAAAACAGAAACACGAAAUAUAUCAAAAGGUAAAAAUAAUCUUAAAGCAGAAUCAAAUCGACAAUUAAACGUAGCAAGUUUCCAAAUUGGAGAAAAUAUUUUAAGACUAGAACGAGAAUCGGCGAAGUUAAAAGAAUCGUUGUCAAGACAUGCAAAAGGAAGUGUUCAUUAUAAUAACAUUAUAAUGAAAUAUAAUGAGAAACAAAAAGAACUAAUUAGUUUAAGAGCAUCUGAAAAAAGUAUUGCUGCUGAACAAGAUCAACGAAAGAGCAGAGCUAAAUUAUCUAUAUUUUGAUGUACAUUAUUUACAAUUUUAACUUUCUACAAGAAAUUAGUUUAUGUAUUGUAUCUAUUAAUAUGUGUAAAAAAAUAUAAAUAAAUAAAUCUUAUAAU